AUGCCAACUCCUCAGAACAUGAGUCAGGAAUUGCGUGACAUUGAUGAUGAUGGUUUGAACAUCGACACCGAGCAGAUGGUUCAGCUCCGCCAGAAACUCAAGGAGCCGGAUCUGUGGCCAAAGACGUUUUCGAAGCGUGUCAAAAAGCGUCACUCAGACAUGGUGACCAAAUUGGCCCAAGUCAAACAGAACAUUUCUGCCGAUCGAAGACGAUUUGAACAGGAAUUUCUCCCACUGGCCAACGCUGCCUUAGUUGGUCUGGGUGAUGAACCUCAAAGCCCAACCUCUACCACUCACUCAUCCCAACCAAUCCAAUUUCUCGGUGCUGAGGGACAACCAUUGUGCAGUACCUUGGUUGAUCUGCUGAAACAGGCGGACGCGGUAAUCUAUGUCUACGAACAACUUGCAAAGAGAUCACCGCAGCCUCCAUCCAUACAAGACAUCAGUGCCUCAUUCGCGGAAGAGAAAGAAGUUGCAGUGAAGACAAUCAAAGCAGGGAAACGUGUUGUAGGUACAGAGAUUGGCGAACUGCUUGCCGAUGGGUUUCACGAAGUCAAAAAUGGAAGGAAGACGCUCACGGCCGAGGAGAAAGAACAAGGAAGACUACUACUUGCGCGAGGAAUGAAUCAGGAGACGCCUAAGAGGCAGACACUAGGCUGGGGAAGCGUGGCAAGAGACACUGAGCGAGCGAUGCAGAGACCUCUGAUUGGAUCACAUGCCAAGACAUUGACCGUCGGUGGUGCCAAGCCUGCGCACAACUCCCACUUCGCAAAUUGUGUUUGGGCGCAACUAUUCAAGAUGGGUGCCCUCAAAUACGUCGAAGAACUUCAAAAGAAGAAGCAAUCCGAUGUCCUGCGAUUCCUUCUCCGAGUCCGCUGCUGGGAGCUCCGACAGUUGAAAGUCAUCCACCGCGCUUCUCGUCCUUCCAGACCCGACAAGGCCCGCCGUCUUGGAUACAAGGCCAAGCAAGGCUAUGUCAUCUACCGCAUUCGCGUUCGUCGUGGUGGUCGCAAGAAGCCAGUGCCAAAGGGUGCCACCUACGGCAAGCCCACCAACCAGGGUGUGAAUCAACUCAAAUACCAGCGAUCACUCCGAUCCACCGCUGAAGAGCGUGUCGGUCGUCGUGCCUCCAAUCUCCGCGUCCUCAACUCCUACUGGAUCAACCAAGAUUCGACCUACAAGUACUUCGAAGUCAUCCUCGUCGAUCCUCAACACAAAGCCAUCCGUCGUGAUGCCCGCAUCAACUGGAUCGUCAACCCCGUCCACAAGCACCGCGAAUCUCGUGGCCUCACAGCAACCGGCAAGAAAUCCCGUGGCUUGGGCAAGGGACACGGCUACAACAAGACCACUGCUGGACGGAGAAAGACCUGGAAGAGACACAAUACCCUGUCUCUCUGGAGAUACAGAUAG